UCUCAUUUUAUGUUCUUUUAUCUUUUCUUUCCUUCUCUGUAAACUCUCAUCUCUCUCUUUCCCUCUCUCUAUCUCCUCCGUGAAAGGGAAGAAGGGUGGAAAAUUUAAAAAAUGGAAAUCAACACUCCUUUCAAAUCUCUUGUUUAAUCUUCACCGAUCUCUGCCUCUUUCUCUUGCUUCUUCCUGUCGAUUAAUGACAACAAAGCCCUAUCUAGAACCCAAGAGAAAGAGAAGACGAAGAGGAGAAGGGUAAACUCGUCACAAAACGUGUUUUGUAUUAGUUCCAGUCUCUGUUUACAGUUUGCGAUAAUGGAGAUCUUAGUCGGUCCCACCUUCAGCAUCGAGGUUUCCUCUCCGACGCCGUACGUGGUUCCUCCGUCUCAGGAUAAGCACCAUACUUCUGCUGCAGCGCCUUGCAUCUUCUUGAAGGAGGAGGAGGAUGAUAACGAUGUAGCACAGGGCAUGAUCUCAAGCAGGAUCGGGUCUGGUAUUGAGAUAAAUGGACCGGAUGAUUCAUCGGAUAAUUCGUCGUCGAUUGGAGCGCCGGAUGAUAGUGAAGAGGAUGAAGAGGAGGUCAAUAGCGUACUUUCAUCGAAAGGAGGUUUGGGUUCUUUAGACUCUCUGGAAGAGUCUCUUCCCAUUAAGAGAGGAUUAUCAAAUCAUUUCGCUGGAAAAUCCAAAUCAUUUGCGAAUAUAUCAGACAUGAGCAUCGUGAGUACAGUGAAAGAUCUGGAAAAACCAGAGAAUCCAUUCAAUAAGAGGAGGAGAAUACUAAUGGCAACCAAGUGGUCUAGGAAAUCCUCAUUUUAUAGUUGGCGAAAUCCCAAAUCGAUGCCUCUUCUUGCCUUGAAUGAACAAGAAGAAGACGAUCAUGCUCCUGAACAAGAAGAAGAAGACGAUGACGAAGCAAGUCCAACUUCAUCAUCUGACCAACAACCAAAACUGUCAAAACUGCAAGAUAGAAAAUUCAAAAAUAGUUUCAAGUGCCAUAGUUGUUUCUCUCUUGCAGAUCUGCAACAAGAACAAUAUCAAUAACAAAAUUAUUCGUUUAGUUUUU